AUGAGAAAACAUAUCUUAAUACCUCUAUUAACAGCUGUUGCUUUACUUUCUGCUGCAACAUAUUUUGUUGCAUCUGCUAACAACUAGAAAGGUAAACUAUUAGAUGAAUAAUGUGCUUAAUUAAGAGUGAAUGUAGGAGAAACCGAAACAAAAUAUAUCUUGGAUAACUAAUGCGAUGUUUCUGUACAGUAUACUAUUUCCUUAUAUGAUUCUGACAUUGAUGCCGAUUUUAGAUUAAUUUCAUGUCAGCCAAAACAUAAUAAACAUGUUUUUAUUUAUGGUAAUAAUGUUUAGUAUAGAUCUGUCGGUCAAACUUACGGUCAACAUAAAAAGGGAGAAAAUAAAUUAAAUUUAAGUACACAAUUUUUUGAAUAUAAUAAUGCUUUUAUUAUAAUUAGAAUUUGA